UCCAUUUCUUUCUGAUUUCUCUGCUUCUUCAUGAAUUAAUUUAAAAAAAAAUCCAUACCAAAAAAAAAAAAAAAAAGAGAGAUGGAGAAAUUCUCGUACAACUCGUAUCCAGAAUCAACCGACUCGUCACCAAGAUCUCGCGAGAUCGAAUUCGAUAACCCACCGCCAUGGGAUGAUCAGAACCCGAACCAAAACCCGAACCAGAACCAGAACCAACAGAGCUACAAGGUGAGGUUCAUGUGCAGUUACGGCGGAAAGAUUCAGCCGCGUCCUCACGAUAACCAACUCACUUAUGUUAACGGAGAAACUAAGAUCCUCUCCGUUGAUCGCGGGAUUAGAUUUCCUGUUUUAGCUUCCAAACUCUCCGCCGUUUGCGGCGGCGGAGGCGGUGGUGAUGAUGUUACGUUUAAGUACCAGCUUCCAGGAGAAGACUUAGACGCUUUGAUCUCCGUUACUAACGAUGAUGAUCUAGAACAUAUGAUGCACGAGUACGAUCGGUUGCUUCGUAUGUCUUCUAAGCCAGCGAGGAUGCGUUUGUUUCUCUUCCCUUCUUCCGGUGGAUUUGGUUCUCAAGGCUCCACUCACUCGGAUCGAGAUCGCUUCGUCGAGGCGUUGAACACUGUUCCUAGACUCUCUGAUUCGGAGAAAUCAGUUACAGCUCCUCCUCCUCCUCCUAAUAAUGCUGAUUUUUUGUUCGGAUCGGAUAAAGUCGUAGCUCCGCCGCCGCCAAUAACACCGCCUGAGGCAAAAUUACCGGUUCCGGCGGUAUUAGAGCCUCCGUUAUUCAACGAUCCGCGUGUGAUUCAACCGGAGAUUCAAAGACAAAUGCAGGAGUUUCAGAGGAUGCAUAUUAGGGAUCAAGAACAACAACAACAGGAAGCUGUAUACAGGAGGAAGAGUAACGAAGACGGUUUAAUUGAAACCACCGGAGGAGGAUACUUCUCUCCGCCGUACGCUCAAAAUCCGCCGCCGCAGCCGAUGAUUACUCAAACGAAUCCGCAAGCUCCUUCUCCUCCGAUGACGACUUUCUGGCAAGGAAACCACAAUCCAGGAGGAGUGUUUCCGACGACAACACCGGGAUUAGGAUUAACAGAGCAACCAGUGUACAUGAUUCCAACUCCGACUCCAUCUCCGGUAUACCACGCGCCACCGCAAGGCAUGAUGAGACCAGUAAACCAAGGCGGUUAUUAUCCUCCGGUACAGAGAAUGGUUUCAGAUACAUACAGGGAACAACACCAAACACCACCAUACAACGUGGCUCAGCUACCAAUAGGAACGAAGGCACAACAACAACAACAACCUCCUCCGCCUUUUACUUCCGUUGGUGCUCCUCCUCCACCUUUUACUUCCGUUGGUACUCCUCCUCCACCGCAAUACUCAGCCGUUCCACCGCCACGACAAGUCGUAGGAUUACCACCAGAUACGUCAGCUUAUACUCAGGUGAGUUAUGCAGGAGGAAUGGGGAAACAAGUUUACUACACGGAGGCAGCACCACCACCACCGGCACAGUACCAUGGGAUUGGCUUACCUGUGAAUGGAAUGGGAGAGGUGAGAAGUGGACCGGACGGGAAGCUAAUUGCUAUGAACAUGGCAACUAAAGUUUCAUCUCAGAGUUCAGAUUCGGCUGUUUGAUUAAUGAAAGGUAUCAAUCAUCGUUGGAAAUCAGAUUAUUGUUAAUCCGUUACAAGUUUCCCAUUCAUCAUUAUCAUAUAUAUAUAUUAUAUUAUAGUGUAAUUGAGAUCACUUUUGGAAUUUGCAUGUCUGAUAAAUAAUGUUUUUUUUUUUUUAUCUAUCUAUAUGCUUUUGUUUAUAUAAAUCGUAAAAUGUUCUUUGAAUUCUGUAACUUCCAUUAACUUUUUUGUUGUUGCUCUGAAACUCUGAAGUGUAUUUUGUUGCUAAAUCAUGUCUCUUGUGCAUUGGCUUGCGUUUAUAUGACAACCUUUUUUAUGCCUU